AACUGGACGCCCUGGAUGCCGGUUUUGAUUUUUUGCUGAAUUACAAUUUUUUGUGUCCGGCGAUAUCCUUCUUAACUAUAGAGCCAACGGAGGGAUUGGCCAUAAAGCUCGACUGCUCAUCGUCCGACUGUCAUCUCUCAGCCCUCCGCGUCCCGAAACAACAAACAAACGCGUAAAAGCUCUUAUUCCCUUGCCAAGAUGAUGGCUACGCCGGAACACCACCAUUGGCAACCUCCUGCCUCCGCUCUCUUCCAGGACCGUCGUCCUGACGAGGCGUCUGGCGCGCGCGGACACGGCGACUGGGACUUCUCAGAGCUCCUACAGUCUGCUAUCGACCCUCGUACGAUGCCUGCGGGAGGAUUUGCACAUCUGUCGAGCGCGAACGGCCAUGCCAAUCACACCCCAUCUUCAUCCUCAACCUUCAACAGUGCCAACCCCGCCGGUGGCUCAGAUAGCAACUCGGACUACGAGCACUCACCGACGGUGCCGAUCCAGUACAAUAGCCAUUCGCAUCCUCGCACCGGUAACGGUGACUAUGUUGAACACUCUUACGACUUGUUCAACUCGACACCCAACUCUUUCGGCCCAGGCAGAAGCUACCAUAGUGCGGACUCUUCGUCCUCGGUCGCCCUUUCUCCUGCUACACGCCCAAGCGAGGUCUUUUAUUCAUCAUCAUAUUCGUCCACCUCGUCAACAGCUUCAUCCCGUUCGCCACCAUACGAUGUUGUGAGUCCACUCAGCUCCGUACCCGAAGACUCUGCGUUGGGGAGCGCUUCGGGUACUAUCUCGCCUGGUGCCCUUGCCUCUUCGGGACGAUAUCCACCCGGGUCCACGUUUUCUAACCUCCUUGUGGAUCGUCAGGCGCCUUCAUCGUUCGGUUCUACCUCUGCAGCUCGCGUUCCACGCACUCAUAACUCGGACUCGUUACAUUAUUCUUUCAACAACGACCCAUCAAGUUCGUCCUCAAGCGUGCCUCGCCAGUUUGAUUCCUCAUACGGAUCAUCUUUGGAAUUCGGACGAAGGAUGUCCAUGGGCAACGAACUAUAUUUGCGCGGCGACAUCAAUAUGUCUUCCACCGCUGCUGCGCCCUUCCUCAAUCAAUACAUCCACGCUCCCAACCGCCUGGCAGUUGGUGAACAGACGGUCAUUGUCAUGUCCAGUCGUGUUGCCCAAAAGAGUUACGGUAAUGAGAAGCGAUUCCUUUGCCCGCCGCCAACCGCGGUCCUGCUCGGGCAAAACUGGUGGAUGGAUGGGGGUCGCCCAGUUUCGACCCAGGUGACCGUUUCCAUAAGUGGUGAGACCAAUGUCUCAGAUGGAACACUUGAGUGGUCCACCCCCCAAGGCAAACCCAUCGACCAUAGUGAGGAAUACGCGUCUGCUGAGGAAAAUGGCUCGGCAAGGAUAGGGAGAUGCGUUGGCAAGCAGCUAUAUAUCUCUGACGUCGACGAGAGGAAGAAACGCGUCGAGGCUUUGGUUAAGAUCAGUGUUACAGCCCAACACAGUGAUCGUUUUGAGGAACACAAUCUCGGGACGUUCACGAGCCGCCCUAUAAAGGUUAUCAGCAAGCCGAGCAAGAAGAGACAAAGUGCAAAGAAUUUGGAGUUGUGCAUUAAUCAUGGUUCGACUGUGUCUUUGUUCCAUCGAUUGCGUUCUCAGACGGUGUCAACCAAGUACUUGUGCGUUUCAGGUUCCGGGGCCUCCUUCAAGGGUUCCGAUGGGGCGCCUCUUCCUGGCCUUGAUUCGCGUCAGCGGACGUCUGCGCCUUCUUUCGUCGCCAAAACGGCCUGUUGGGACAUGUUUAUCGUUUACAUCGUGGACGUUACAAAGCCCAGCUCUGGGCCGGACUCCAUUGUCCCUCCACCCUUCAACCCUGAUUACCCCCCUCCUCCGCCUAAUGCUAUCCCUUGCUCCCCUGAAAAUUCGUCGACACCGAUAUACUACAACCAGACGGUCGUCCUCCAGUGCCUCACUUCUGGUGUCGUCUCGCCAGUUCUUAUUAUCCGGAAGGUCGACCGAGCGACCGUUGUCACCGGCGGCGGGCUUGCCGACUCUGCCAAGGGUGUACCCGAUAAUUUCUGUCUUCCUGGCGAAGUAUGUGGUGAUCCCGUCUCACAAUUGCACAAGAUCGCAUUCGAAGUAUACGAACCUGGGAUCGGUGCUUCAGAGAACGGCGGGCCGGGAUUCUCUGGUGCUUUCUUGAGUUGUAUGGGGGAGAAAGUAAAUACCUAUCGUCCCGUGGAUGUCAGGCAGUGGAAUGGAAGUGGGAGUGCCUCCCCUGAACGCAGCGUUUCGGGGUCGCCGAUCGCAGCGAAUUCGGCCAUCACCUCAAAAGCUGGAUCACCCGAUCCAUAUUUCCCUCCUCCGCACAUGCAAAACAUUGGUCCAGAUUCCUUCGACUUCAUGACCGAUGGUGGCCGUGCUCGUCGUAAGAGGAGCUCAGUUAGUGGGCCCUCGACACCAACGGGAGCCGUGAAGAACGGGGGAGCGAGUCGCAAUGGACGCAGAAGGAUGGAUUCUGUCUCCUCCGUUUCCUCUCGCAAUUCAGGUGAUUCGUGUGUAUCCGGUGCUCUUUGGAGCAUCGAUAUUGGAGAGACUGCUGUAUGGACCAUCGUUGGGACGGAUCAAGUUCGAUAUAACUUCUUUGUUCCUCCUUCGAUCUCCGAGAGUUCAUCCUCUCUUCUCCACCAUUCGCAUUCUUCCUCUGUUUUGCACAUUCCUCCAAACCCUAUCACCCCUGCCAUGGCUGUGCAUAAGUACGUCUCCUCCGACGGCGCCGGCGUCCUCUCGUUGCAUGGAGAGAACUUUUCGAAAUCGGAUCCCCCACAUGUCUUCUUUGGUUCAGAGCAGUCACAGCAUGUUGAGGUUCGCUCGUCGGAGCUGCUCAUUUGCAGACCGCCGCCGUCCCUGGUAGGAGCUGAAGCCAAUGGGAUGAGAAGACCCGUUGUCCUUGUCCGAAGCGAUGGAGUGCUGUUCCCAACUGGGGUCAUGUACCCAUGAUGUGAAAUCGGAAGAUCCUCCUGUCCCUUUGCCAUCUUGGUUUCCUUUCUUUACUUCAUGCCUCGUUGCUCCCGCAUUUUCGUUCGUCUUAUUUUGGUCUUGGUCUAAUUAUUUCGUGCUGUUACUGGCGCGCCCUCACAAUCUUUCCAAAAGUCGUUAGGGACAGCUCUGCGAGACUAGUACCUCGUCUUCUAUUCCCCGUCCCAGUUUAAUUAUUCACGUUCGACUUGUAGAAGUUUUUUCAUUCAUUUAUUCUGCUCCAGUCUUCGCCUCCGUCUGCUAUUCUGCCCUCUUCGAUUUUCCAUAUGCUUACAACUUGUGUAUCUUUAGCAAUGCGUUCCGUGCUAGAUUAUCCUCUCCAUUAUUGGAGGCCAAAAGUAACAAUGAAAUACGCAUUCACGCACAUUCU